AACCGAAGCUCUCAAUCGCUUUCCGAUAAUGUAUUAAUAUGAUUAUGAUACAUGCGUUGUCACAGUGUCGUCUGCUGUAGGGAUGUGAGUGGAUAUUGUUUUGUAUUUAUGAAUUCGAUUUAAGAAGACUUUUGUAGAGAAAUUUUGCUUAACUGGAUUAAUAUACUUGACUAAAACUGGGUCUAAACAUUUGUGUUUGGUAGAUAAUUGUGUAUGAAUUUCAUAAAAACAUGUAUAAGUGGUAAAUCAUGAAAAAUCGGGAUUAAAAUUUAGAAAGUGUAUGUAUAACUUGUUGAAUGAAUUAAAAAGUAAACCACCGCGGGGUGUUGAAAGUGCUUUAAAUAAAUAAUUUUAUAUCCUUUCAAUAAUCAAUAUAUUGAGGAAAUAUUUGAAUUAAUGAUUUAAAAAAAUAUGACUUUCUCAUUUCAGUUUAUUUCAAAAGUAAUAGCAGCUUAGUAUUAAAAUACAAUUUUUAAGAUUGUGUUGUUUGAAUAACAUUAUUUUCACCGAUCUUAAAAAUGAAAAUUUGAACGUAAGGUGUUAGAAAAGAUAAAGUUUAACUUACUAAAAAUGACGUUGAAGGAAAAUGUUGAAAGAUGGAAGGACAGGAAAAUGAACCUCGUUCGUUUCGGAAUAUUAUUACUUGUUUAUAUAAUUUACUUAUGUUUUGGAGCUUUGGUGUUUUCUCUUGUCGAAUCACCAGUAGAGGAAGAACUGAGGACGGAUAUUUAUAACGCAAGGAGUUAUUUUAAGGCAAAUGCAACCUGCAUUUCAGAUGCUGAACUAGAAGAAUUUAUAGUAAAGAUAGUGCGUGCCACAAAUAGAGGAAUAUCAGCUGUUAGAAAUGUUACCAGCUCGAAUCCAAAUUGGAGCUUCGGACAGUCUAUGUUUUUCGCCGGCACAGUCAUUACCACCAUAGGAUAUGGUCGUGUAACACCAUUGUCGGAAGCUGGAAAGGGUUUCUGUAUAUUAUAUGCUAUCAUCGGAAUCCCUCUGACGCUUAUAAUGUUUACAGCAAUAGUUGAGCGUCUGAUGAUACCGACGGCGUGGUUUUUACAAUUCAUGUUUAGAAAACUAGGACAUUUGUACAAAGUAUUCCAUAUACAGCUUCUUCAUUUGUCUAUUAUAAUCAUCCUAGUCAUAGUUUUCUUCUACUUGAUACCUGCCGCCAUCUACGUCACAAUAGAACCCAACUGGAACUAUUUAGACGCCUUUUAUUACUGCUUCAUCUCCUUGACAACCGUUGGGUUGGGAGAUUACAUUCCGGGAGACUCUCCAGAUCAACCACUUCGUCCAUUGUACAAAGUAGCCACGACAUUUUAUCUUUUCAUUGGUCUCAUGAUGAUGAUGUUGAUUCUCGCGGUACUCUACGAGAUUCCGGAACUCAAUAUUGGGUUCCAUUUCUAUCUGAAAAGCGAUACUGAUGAGGACGAGCGAAUGCGGUUACAGGCCUCUGCUGCGUCCGGCCAGAAAUAUUCCAAACAAAUUGAUGAUGAACCAGCACCAGUAUCAGAAUAUCAGGGUAUUCCAAGUUUUCCCCGCCCGCAGGCGACUUACCAGUCAACGGAUGGUGCUUUACAACAGUCACAAUAAUUUUAAUAUUUGUGUUCAGUCUCAUUUAUAAAGGGGCCAAUAUUUACAUUUUGUGAAAGUUUGCUAUGAUAAAUUUGCAAAGUUUAUAGUUAAAAACCUAUUAAUUUCAAAUUGUUAAGUUUACAAUUAUAUGAAAAGGAUCGUCCAAACAUUUGAUUCUGGUUUGAUAUACUGUCGAUUCUUAUGAAAGUUAAUGAAGCAAUUUAGUGUUGCAAAAUGUUGAAACAAUUAAAUACAGUUUUUGUAAAUGUAACGUGUAUUUACCUAUAAUACAUAGAUAUUUUACUCGUAUUGUCAACGUUUUUAUAAAAUCGAUUUUUUUUAAAUUUCAAUAAACAUUAACUAUGUCAUAACAAAAAAUGCAACACGUUUACAAUAUUCUAAGAACAUACAUACUAGUAAUUCUCUUAUAAGUGUAAAUUUGAUAAAAUACAUGAUUGUAUUAUUCCAACAGUUGCAAUCUGUUUUGUGUAUACAUGAGCAACAACCAGAUAAAAAUAAUGAAUACAUCUUUUGACGGAUUCAAUGAUGUGUUGAAACAUGUUUUCAAUAAUCUCAAACAUGAAUGCGACAGUGAAAUUUAACGCGUAUUCACAGAAGUCCAAAUCAAUAUCUGUAUCAGAAUUAAAAAGUACAAACAUAAGAAGAACGAACUCAAACAGAUUAUGGAAAUCAGUUUGUUGCUGAUGCAUAAGAAGAUUGACCAACAAGAGUGCUAAUAUCCAAGCAUAAUACAAGGACACAAAUGUGUUAAAUGACAUGUCUGCAAAUGAGAGACAUGUAUGUAAAACUAAGCUCUAUGUGUCAAUAAUUUAAUUAUGUUAUUAUUUCGUCUAAAUCUAGUCAAAGCUAUUUAUUAAAAUGUUUAUUGUAUACAAAGUAAUGCGAUAUCAUUAAAAAACGUUAUGUGUUUUUCAAAGUUUAUAUCUGGAAAUUUCCCAAAAUACAUUUAGAACCAAAAUGUAAAGGAACACGAUACCUCUGAUGGAAAGGGAAAAAGUUCAAACAGUCAAACAAUGUGUUCAGGGAAAAUUAUAAUAAUGUUAAUCACUUGAGCAAAGAAACGCUGAAUAUUGAAUGAUUUGCCACAAAAUUAGUAAAAUGUUAACAUCUAUAUAUAAAAAUAAAAAAUUCUAAAUCACGACAACUAUACUACUUGCACAAGAUAACAGAAGAAGAAAAAUAUAGUUCAUGUAGGUGAUUAGCCAACGAGUAAUUUUUCAGAAACUAUAACAGGACAUAAGCUUCUCAGAAUAAUAAAAGCAUCUCUGAGGCAUUAUAGGCCUUUAAUUUGUAAUGCGUUGAAAACACUUUACACAAUAUCUUCAAAGGAAACCAAUAUACAUUACCAUGUAAACAUAUCAUCUGCAUUCAUUUAAAACAGUGCAAGCUAAACAUUAUAACAGAAAAUGUUUAAGUUUUGCCUCCACACGGGUAUCUAUUAUGAGACGCAAAAUUUACAAUCUUCAAGGUUUUGCACAAAAAUGUAGAUGUUUGAAAAUGUUAAAAUUACUUUUGGAUAUAUAUUUAGUUGUAACCGUUCCGAAUUUACAUUUAUAUUACAUGAACUUUAUCUAAUUCUUAAGUAAACUGCUAAAUUGUUUGAUAUUUUAGUUAUAAUUAAUGUUUUAAGAUAAGAAAUUGAAAAUAUAUCUGUUUUUUUACUCUUUACGUUUGUGUUUGCUAGAAUUUUAUAACAUUUUAGAUAUUCUUGAUGUUAAUGUUUAAAUAGGAAGGUUUAUAGUAAUUACUUACUGGUUGUGACCUCGUUGUCUUUCUUUCAAAUUGUUGAUGUUUUCAUGUUAUUUUUGCAGUUAUGAUUUGUUACGAAUCUAAAUAAAAAACAUAUUAUAAAUCAAUUAAAUACAUUGCAUAAAGGACACGAAGACUGGCAUUGAAACAUAUAUUGGUCCGUGAACAUAGAAAUACAAGAUUUCAUAAAAUUUGAAAUCGGUUCUUACAUGUCUAUUAAGGAAUAAUGUAAAAAAAGGGUACAUAAACAACUAUUUCACACGUCAGACGUUUUCAUAUUGUUACUUUUAUCGAACCCUUAAUAGGAAUAUCCUUUUUUGUAUAAAAUGUGAUCAGAGAGAUUUUCACGACCGACUGUCACAGGUAUAACUAAUAUUUUUAUUCUUUAAAAGUCUCUUAAUGCCAUAUUUCUAAUAUUCUUCAUUUUGUUUACAAGACGAUAUCUAUUAUAGCUUACAAACACAUCUAAAAGAAUUGAAUGAAUAAUAGAAUAACUUAUAAGUUACUAGAAGCCUCCCUUUUGAGUCAAGUUUAAAUAUUUCUCUUGCAGAGGCAAUGUAUUUCGCGAUUUUAAUGAUAAUAAAAAGAUGAAAUGGCGCCAACACUUGUUAAAAUAACAUAUACAGACAUGGACAUUUCUAAUCAAAGUUUAUAUAAUGUACAUAUUUCCUCUUUGUUGUAUGUCUUGUUAUGAUCAUAGAUAUUUAUUGUUAUUUAAUUUGUUGGCUUCUGCUUUGUUCUGUACUUUCUUAUCUUAUCUUAACAUCUACAAUAAAAUUCUUAAAUGUC